CCUCAGACUAUGGCAUGAAACUGCCAAUCCUGCGUUCCAACCCGGAGGACCAGAUCCUGUAUCAAACAGAGCGGUACAAUGAGGAGACCUUUGGCUACGAAGUGCCCAUAAAGGAGGAGGGGGACUACGUGCUGGUGUUGAAAUUUGCUGAGGUCUACUUUGCACAGUCUCAGCAGAAGGUAUUUGAUGUCCGAUUAAAUGGCCAUGUUGUGGUGAAGGACUUAGACAUAUUUGACCGUGUUGGGCACAGUACAGCCCAUGAUGAGAUCAUCCCAAUGAGCAUCAGGAAGGGGAAGCUGAGUGUCCACGGGGAGGUGUCGACCUUCACAGGGAAGCUCUACAUUGAGUUUGUCAAGGGGUACUAUGACAAUCCCAAAGUCUGUGCACUCUACAUCAUGGCUGGGACAGUGGAUGAUGUACCAAAGCUGCAGCCUCAUCCAGGAUUGGAGAAGAAAGAAGAGGAGGAAGAAGAAGAAGAAUAUGAUGAGGGGUCUAAUCCCAAAAGACAGACCAACAAAAACAGGGUGCAGUCAGGCCCCCGCACACCAAACCCCUAUGCCUCGGACAACAGCAGCCUCAUGUUUCCCAUCCUGGUGGCCUUUGGAGUGUUCAUUCCAACCCUCUUCUGCCUCUGCCGGUUGUGAGAACAAAUGGUCAUCCGCAGCCGGGUGGAGGGAGGGGGAAAGAAACCAAACGUGUUGGUUUCGGUAUUCUUGACAGUGUUCAGCAAAACAAAACAAAACAAAACAAAAAAAAUCAAACAACACACACACAAGUGAAAAGAGAUAAGAAGAAGCAGAAUGGUGGGGGCAGCCCCUACCCACCCACUGGUCCCAGAGCUGCUCAGUCCUGCUCUGCUUGUGGCUGUCCCCCAGCUCUCUUUUUCUCUGGGGUAUGGAGGUGAGUGGACCCUUCCUCUCCAAGGAUCCAUAUUACAGACCUAGUAGGAAGGACUCUGAACUCAGAGCAGUGACAGUUGUUUUCAGGUUAGACAUUAACGGCAGGAAAAUGUCAUAUAACCUGGAAAGACCCAUACUGGGAGUUUGUUGUGUUCUGAAUUCAUGUCUGAUAUGAUUUCAGAAGUCAUGGUAUUCAAAGUAUGUAUGUGGAGGUAAAUACGUUGGGUGGUAAAGACAGAGGAAAAGGGGAAUAAUUGGAAAAAAGAGAGUCAGCGCUUCUGUACUUGGAAGCCCUUCUGGUUAAUCUUUUGAUGGCUCACCUCGAGUAUCUUCAUUGUCAUUUCUCAUCUCUUUGACGUGCACCAGUUAGAGGACUGUCUGGUAUCCAAGACAACUAGUGUACGUCAGGUCCUCAAAUUGCCUACAACUUGUUGGCCACAACAAAUCAUUUUGAUUUCAGUGCCUGUUGAGGACUUGAUUUCUUCUUGAUUUUUCUCUUAAUCUGGUUCAUUUGAAAUCUCUUCUCAAUUCUCACUCUCAACCAUACAGCUAAGUUAUUGUCAAAAUGGGUAGGAGACCAGAGAUGAGAAUUCUGUUUGCUUGAGUGUCUUACCCUCUACCACCUCACUUUGUUGGUACCUCCCUCCCUGGAUCUCUGAGCCAGCAGCCAGGAGGACCUGACCCAGCAGCUCUCACUGGCCCCUCCAUAGGGCCUUGCUGCCAGGUCAGGGAUGCUUUCCAGCCUGCAGCAACAGAACACUUGACCUUAAAAGUCUCUUCUGGUCUUUGGAUUAGAAAAGGCUUAUGUUAGCAACCUCAGAGACUCGAGCCCUGCAAGUGACUGACCACUGUUCAGAAUGUCCAGAAUUUGGUGUUCAUUUAUCCCCAUGUCCUCUGUCCUACUUCAGAUAGUUUGGGUUUAUUCCCAGAGUCGCCCCAGAGAACUAACUAAGACUGGCUGCACCAGCCCAGCUGUUUUCCUUAUUGACCAUGAUCAGACAGCCCUCUUAGCCCCUAGCAAGUAGCAGUCAAGUUCUUCUUACACUGGGACAGAAAGACCCCUAGUCAGCCAUAGUUCUGGAGGCUCUGAAUGUCGUGUAACUUUAGCAUCCAAGUGUCUAUUUCAGAUUCCCAGUAAACACUCUGUAGGGGAUGAAGUCUCCUUGUUCCCCAACUUUUGGUCACCUCCAUCCCUUUGUCAGUUAAGACAACAGUGAGGGACAACCUGGCUAAGCUAAAAGGCAUUUUCUAGGUCAGAGGCAGCAGUAUUUGCUUCAGCUUGAGUUGGAGCAGUAUAGAAUCUCAGGCCAGGCCCAUAUUUCUAGAAUGUGUUUAAAUUUUGAGUUUGCCUUAUCAGAUAUUUGAACUCUGUGACAAAGUAAGUAGUUCUGGGCUCAUGUCCUGACUUUGGCUCCUAUUGAUGACUCCAGGCCAGCAUUUAGUCAUUUGAGAAAGGUCCUUUAUUUUCUCUAGAUUUAGGCUAGCCCUAGCAUACUGAGUUGCCAGCUGGAUGGCUGUGACCCGAAGUUGCUAUCAGGAGCACUUCCUGGAGUGCUUCUAAAGUUCCUGAUCCUCCAGUCUGAGGUACUGCCAAGGUCUUGGAGACCACCUGCCUAGGGCAAGGGAUGUUCUGACUAAUUGGGCUCCUGACAGUGGCUUUGGUUCCUGGUCCAUCACUAUUUACAAGCCUGUGAGCCAUGUCAGUGGAGUAAACAAGAUGAAGGAGAACAGCUGCCUCUGUGUUGCCUUGUUUGCCUGGGUCUCUGAGGAAGGGGAGGGGUCCUGCCUCCUUACCCCAACUCAUCCCUUUGGUGACUCAGAGCCUCAGAAGGAAACUCUGACUCCUGGGGCCAUUUCCUAAUGGUACUGUAAGCCAAGCGCCUCUGCUCUGCCUCUGUUUCCAAGCCCACCCCUUCCCGUAGGGAUAGGGACGGGUGCCUUCCUCUCUAGUUGUGUCCAACGGAAGGAACAUCUUUCUGUAGCUAACAAAAACUAAAAGGGAAGUGAGGAAACAGCAGGGAAGGAGUAUGGUGGGGGCUGGGGUAGAUGCCCCUGAGCCAAGCCUGCCCAGCGAAUCAGAGCUGCUUAAAGCUGGCGAUAGCCAGCUCAUAAUGUUGAACUUGAAAGCUUUCUCCCUCCUCCAAGAUGAUGUAGGUACAUGAGGUUUAGGUUAAAAGGGUUGGGUGGGGCACACUUUAUUUUUAUUUUUGUAUUGUGUGUGUGUCAAGAAUUACUCCAUUGUUCAUCUUGCUUUUUGCACUCUUUGUUCCCUUUUCUGUGUUUUGAGCUAGUGCAGAGUUUGCCUGGAAUUGGAAGCUGUGAAUGGUAACAGGCAGGUGGGGAGGAGAGACCCAGGUUUUCUGUCUGAACUACAGUCUGACCCAGCUGGCAGACAUAGAUAGAUAAGGGCAUACAGCUCCUUUUUGUCAGAAGGUGGUCCUCUUAAAGUUUGUGGGAGGAGCAAGCAAGGCCGGCUGGGUUGAGUCUGCAAGCCCAGCGUGGUUUAGGUCAGGCCAACUGGCCUCUGACUGGUUUGCUUUGGGUUUUAUUCAAGCUAUCUUAAACAUUGUGCCAAUAAGUGAUUUGUGGUAUUCAUAUCUCCUAAACCAGAUUUAUGGUUCUGGAGUGUUUCCACUCCCAAAGACACGAUGCUCAGUGGACACUCACAGUUCUGAUGGCUUAAAAGGUAGUCUUCAAGUACCUUUGGUAUCAGAGGGGUCACCUGUUGAUGUGGCCUUGUUUUCUUGCUCCUGCUGACCAGGAGCAAGAGGUCAUGUGAGCCUGGAUGAGGCGGGGUGAAGUCAGUGUUGUGUCUGAUGCCCAUCUGUGCCUGGAGCAGUCUAAGAGCUUUGCAUUGACUCCUUUGGUUUUGUUGAGAAGCUUCUGUUUUAAGGAAUUUCUCUUGUUUGUCCUGUCCCCCCCUCUCUUGCAAAGGCCUGGCCCUGGUCUAGAUGCUUAGCUAAGAAUCGAGAAAAUGGCAGCAGUGUCCCUUUUAGCACUCAGACCCCUUCUCCUUAGAAACUGGCUCAUCUUGAGGAAUCCAGGGAGGUUCUCCCCCUCCCUGGGAACUGGGGAAGGACCCACCCUGGUCAGCACAGUGCCUUUUCCUCUCCUGCUCUGAGUCAGGUGGGCAUCCCUAACCCUCUAGAUUGAGGCCUGGGCAGGGGUCGUACAGUCCCUGCCAUGGGGCUGUUCCCUAUCUCUCCCUCUCCUUGCUGGCCUACUCUGACAUAAUUCAAGUGUCUUCUUGCCUUGAGGAACCUUAAUGUAAUCAUGGCCACCACAUGUGAUACUUCUCUAUGACUAUAAGGACCUAAGAGAGCAGGUGAGCUUUCUCAAAUGAGAGACUAACAGAUGCUCCUGCUAUUAAAAGACAAAGCUAGGGGGGUUACUUUGGGCCUCCUGCUGUGGCCCCUGAGGAAGGCAACUCUCAGGUAAGACUGAGAAUAUACAGGAGCAAAACCACAGACACCCAGGACCUGCUCAGAGAUCCGCAGAAGAACUCGGUCUCUCUUCUAGGGAGGAUGUAAUUAGGGAUCAAAGUGUGCUAAGAAAAUUGCAAAGAAGCUUUACUGCCCACACCAGAAAGCUCAGGGUGGCUUUCUCUUCCAAGUAGAGCUAAAACUAUGUGUGUUUGGACUUCUCCUGGGGUGAGGGUUAGCUUUGUUCAUGACAAUAGAAGAGUAGCUUAGCACUGGUGGUCAGUUGUCCAGGGAGGCUGGGUUACUUUGUACGUUUGUGGCUUGCUGCCGAUCUGGUCUAUCCUUCCCCAUUUGCCUCAUUUGCUCUGGGUGUGAGACAUCUUGAUAAGAGCAGAUUUGGGGGCUGGCUGGGUUGGCAGGAAAAGAGCAGAGUGGAUCUCUAGGGAUGGGUUCCUCCCAGGAAUGUAAAAACAAGGGGCCGUGAUUGUGCUGGCAGCCAGGGAAACAGUAGUGCCUGCUGAAGUUGGCAGAGAGGGCCUUGGCACACUUGCAUCCAGGCAGUCUUGUGCGAUGGGCGCACAUAGCAUCGGGG